UAAUAAAUGUCACAAGUGUCAUAAACUUCUAAAAAGCCGAUUUUAAUGAAUCGACGUGUCCAAAAUGGAUUUCCUCGAGUAUUAAUUUAUUUUUCAAAUGAACUGGUAUUAAUUCAAUUAUAUAUUUUAUCGUUAAGCAGUAUCUAAGAGAAUAUAAAUAAUGGAAGAAGAAUUACUAGGAUCCGGAAGUAGUAAAAGCAAAAUAUCUCAAAUAUUUACGAGAUUAUCACAAUGGUACCAAGGAGUGGUGGACCGGACGGUGCCUUGGCGCAAGGCCAGGUGGUUUUUUGCAUUUUUACUUCUCAUGGGUUUUAUGGCUCGAAUUAUUAUUGCUCAGGGAUGGUACAUUAUAACGUACGCAUUGGGAAUUUACCAUCUUAACCUAUUUAUAGCAUUCCUCACGCCAAAAAUCGAUCCAGCCAUGGACUUCGAUGCUGAAGAUAAUGGUCCAGAAUUGCCAACCAGGGCUAACGAAGAGUUUAGGCCGUUUAUUAGGCGAUUGCCAGAAUUUAAAUUUUGGUACUCGGUAACGAAAAGUACAAUUAUUGGAGUCAUAUGUACAUUCUUUGACUGCUUUAAUAUACCAGUGUUUUGGCCAAUCCUAGUUAUGUAUUUUAUUACGUUGUUCUGUAUAACCAUGAAGAGGCAAAUCAAACAUAUGAUCAAGUACAAAUAUUUGCCGUUCACUCACGGAAAACCGAAAUACCAGGCCAACGAAAUAGGUAAAUCUUCAAAGUGACACACGCGAAGUGCAGAGCAUGUGAUGUCACUCUCACAAUCCUUGUCGCUGGAUACAUACACCGUUAUAAUUUAAAAUUUUAACUUAUCUCCACCUGUCACUUAUCAUCCAUUUUUUUUAUUUAAAUUUAUUAUAAAAUUACAAUUCACUUUGUACUUGUAACUUAUUAGAAAGACAAAAAAUGAACGCUGUAUUGUAUAUAUAGUUAAUAUAUGUAAUUUUUGUGUAAAUUAAAAACAACUAUUUAACAUAA